AUGAAAGCUGUAUUCACUAUUGCUGGAGCGCGCGUCCAGGUCCGCGACACCGAAAUCCCUAUUCCCAAAGAAGAGCAGGUCCUCGUCAAAAUGGUCGCCGUUGCUCAAAAUCCCACUGAUUGGAAAACAAUCAAACUCGCUCGCGUUGUUGGAGCAAUUGUAGGCACUGACUAUGCUGGUACCAUAGCUGGUGUGGGCCCCGGCGUCGAUGACGAGAAAUACAAGCUUGGCGAUCGCGUCGCAGGUGUACUUCAUGGAUCUUUGAACAAGAACGGCGCCUUCGCCGAAUACGCUCUUGUUCCUGUACAUUCUUUGAUCAGGAUCCCUGAUAGUUGGACUUUCGAGGAAGCAGCUCAACUUGGCGUUGGUACAACCACGACUUGCCAAUGUUUCUGGCAGUCCCAAAACCUUCCUAAACCCUUUGAGCGUCCCUCUUCUCCUCCAACGACUGUUCUCAUCUGGUCAGGAGCCAGUGCUACCGGUCAUUACGCCAUCCAGUUCGCGAAACUGUCUGGAAUGAGGGUCAUAACUACAUCUUCACCGAAGCAUUGGGAUCGUCUCAAGGCCCUCGGUGCGGACGCGUGCUUCGAUUAUAAUGACCCUGAAGUGUCUGAAAAGAUUCGGGCCUAUACUGAAAAUAAACUCAAGUAUGCUGUCGAUUGCUUCAGCGAGAAGACUUCUUUCCAGAAAGUUAGCGAUGCUCUGAGUGAAGAAGGCGGCACUAUCUCUUGUCUCUUCCCUUCGCCAUAUAAACUUCGAGCCGGUAUCAAGCUCAAGUUCACGCUCGCGUAUGAUCUCCUCGCUGAACCUUACAAGUUCCCCAAAGUUUAUAACCCGCGCGCAGAAGAUAAAGCAUUUGGUGAUUGGGCGACCGAUCUUGUUUCAGAGGUACUCAAAUCUGGAAAACUGGUACCCCUUCCGAUGAAACUCUAUCCGAACGGCUUGGCUAGCGUUCAGGAAGGGUUAAGAUAUAUGCAAGAAGGAAAGGUCAGCGCUGAGAAGAUUACUUAUAGAAUUUCCGAUACUCCUGGAAUCGAGGCCUGA